GGCCCUGCUGAUCUCCCCUAUAAUCUCUGCAUUCAUCCGAUUCGAUUGCUGAUGAUUAGAAAUAAGUAUGCAAUCAGCAGACAUUGGAGCACCCACUAAAUCAACAGUCAACCUCAUAACACUUUUCGUCGGUCUUGAUGGAGCACCAGCUGACACACAAUGUUUAUUAUGCAAUUCUACUUUUAUUCUCCCAACAAAUAAGGAACAAUUUUUGAAGCACUUAUUCGAACGACAUCGAUUAAUUAUUGGAGAUGUAUUGAAAAUUGCCAGUCUUAGGAGCUAUGUUAAUCAUUGGAGAGUGAAGUUCAGUGAAGCAACAUUAACAGAAUUCUGUACUACUUUGUUAAUGAACUGCACUCCAGAUGGUAAACCGAGCAAGAAUGAAGUUUAUUUUUUACUUUCUGAUUGCCUGCCGGAAGAGAAAGCACUCAGGGAUGAAAUACACCGGUCUAGAUUGGAAUUAGGAUUAGCCCAACAAACGCAUGAAAGAAACGACAUGGAUUUUCAACGCAGGUGUAUGUUCUGUAAAACGGAAUUUUCUGGAUUACGUUCCAAUUAUUUGAAACAUCUUUCAGAUAAGCACAAUCUUCAAUUAGGAAAUGUGGAAAAUUUGGUAUUUGUUGAUGAGCUGUUAGAUAAACUUCAAAAUAAUAUUGAGAAAUUAACAUGUUUCUACUGUGAGAAAUCAUUCAAGGACCGUACAGUAUUAAAAGAGCAUAUGCGAAAAAAAUUUCAUAAGCGAAUAAAUCCAUAUAAUAAAUCAUACGACCGAUUCUACAUUAUAAACUAUUUGGAGUCAAACGACAGCGGCCGACGGCAGCAAACAAUUUCGCAAUUAAAGCUGAAGGAGAUCAAUGAAGUGGAGUUUACAGGAUUCAGUACUGGCCAUCAGGAUGCAGAAAAUAGCUGGGCCGAUUGGAAGGAGAAGAAUGUUGUUACCUGUCUCUUUUGUUCUAAUAAAAAUGAGGAAUUUUCAGAGAUUUUGGAGCACAUGAAAUUCGAGCAUAACUUCGACUUCAGGGAUAAAACUAGAAGCUUGAAUUUUUAUUGCAAAGUCAAAGUGGUGAAUUAUCUAAGAAAGCAAAGUCAUGAAAAAAAAUGCAUUUAUUGUGACUCAUUUUAUGACGACGUUGCUGAACACAUGAGGAAGGAGAAUCAUGAAAAUUUACCAGCUGCUCAUGUCUGGAAUCAGCCGGAGUAAUGGUACCCCCUGAAAAAUCGAAGUAGAGCCCCCCUCCACCAAUCGAUAGUUGACAUUAAGGUCCGGAUGGAAAUUUCAGGAGAGGAAUUUUACGCGCUUAAGGUACGAUAAAAUCCUUAUUUUUUAUCCAUCGCUGGGGGGAGUUGAGCGUUCCUUAGAUCUAGUUUUGCAACGCUUUUCAGUUUCAAAUGUUCCGAUAUGUCGGAUGUAUUGAAACAUAAGAAGUAAUGAACUUCCGUCAGGGAAAUUCAUAUCUUCUUUAUUUGUAGCAAUGUUUCUCUCCCGUUUCAUUACUACUGCAACAGUUGAUAUUGUUACAAACGAGAUAGAAACAGCCGAAGAACAAGAAAUUGUUGUUGCUAAUCGUGCUCGGAAUGAACAUGCGAGACUUCUUUUUGAUCCAGUGAAAACACUCAUUGAUGGCGAUUUUCGAGGAAAAUUCAGAUAUUUAAUGUCAUUUCGCCAAUGUAAUGAGAAAACUUGUUGACAAUCACAAUCAAUUUAAAGAUGAGCAUCAGACAUUUAGCCAUUAUUGAAUAAUGAAGGAUUUGCGCCAAAUAUUCCUAAACGAAUUCACGUAUGAAUAUGAUCAUAUAUGAGAAUUUUUGUCAAUGAUAAGCAAAAAUAAGACUUUUCUGCUUAAAUGUCAACUCAAGGCUCGGGU